GCAGGAAGUGACCGAGUGCGAUGUGGGAGGACACUUGCUCACUUGUCCUGCUGCUGAGGGUGUUUUUGUGCACGAGUUUGCAGACUCAGCUGACGGAGUUGCUGUCAUUUUCAGACAACUGACCUGACUACUAUUGAGUAAAAAUGGAUAAAACCAACCUUUCGGUGGUGGUGCAUUCCCAAGGCGACCUGAGACUGGAACAGCGACCAAUACCUGAGCCAGGACCUAAUGAGGUAUUACUGCAGAUGCACUCGGUGGGGAUCUGCGGAUCCGAUGUCCACUACUGGCGGAACGGACGAAUCGGAGACUUUGUGGUGAAGAAGCCCAUGGUUCUCGGGCACGAGGCGUCCGGCCGGGUCGUCAAGGUGGGUUCGGCCGUCACUCACCUCAAACCAGGGGACAGAGUUUCAGUGGAGCCUGGCGUGCCCAGGGAAAUGGACGAGUUCUUCAAAUCAGGACGCUACAAUCUCUCCCCGACAAUAUUCUUCUGCGCCACACCCCCCGACGAUGGCAACCUCUGUAGAUACUACACACACAGUGCCAACUUCUGCUACAAAUUGCCCGAUAACGUAACGUUCGAGGAAGGAGCGUUGAUCGAGCCGCUGUCCGUGGGCAUCCACGCGUGUCGCCGAGCAGGAGUGGCCCUGGGCAGCACUGUUCUCAUCUGUGGGGCAGGCACCAUUGGGCUGGUGACUCUGCUGGUGGCUAAAGCCAUGGGAGCCUCUCAGGUCGUCAUCAGCGACCUCUCGGCGGAGCGUUUGAAGAUGGCGAAGGAGCUGGGGGCGGACUGCCCCCUGGAGGUGAAGCGGGAGGAUACGCCGGAGCAGCUGGCCCAGAAGGUGGAGGGGCUCCUGGGGGCACAGCCCCACGCCACCAUCGAGUGCACGGGCGUCCAGAGCAGCGUGCAGACCGCCAUCUACGCCACGGGUCCCGGGGGGGUGGUGGUGCUGGUGGGGAUGGGGGCGGAGAUGACCACAGUGCCCCUCCUCAGCGCCGCCGUUAAAGAGGUGGACAUCAGAGGGGUGUUCCGCUACUGCAACACGUGGCCCAUGGCGAUAGCGAUGCUGGCGAGUAAGAAGGUGAACGUGGCUCCGCUGGUGACGCACCGGUUCCCUCUGGAGGAGGCCAUGCAGGCGUUCGAGACCACGCGCCAGGGCCUCGGCGUCAAGGUCAUGCUCAAGUGCGACCCGCACGACCAGAACCCCUGAACCUCCCCGAGGACACCCCUCACCUGGGAACCACCCAUGAGGACACCCCCUCACCUGGAAACGACCUCUGCUCUCUGCCCUCUGCCCUCUGACCCCCCCCCCACCCCCCCCACCCCCCACCCCCCACCUGACGAGAACUCUGCAGUCCACUCUGCAGUCCAUCCACGUCCAGACCGCGUACGCCCCACAGACAGGCCUGUGGGGUCAUAUAAGCAGCCAUCACUAGUCAUAUUGUGAUUGUGAAGAAUCAGAAAGCAAAUGUCUAAUACAGCAACGAGAUCAGUGUUACACUGUUUGAAACACUGCUGAAGAACUUAGUGUUGAGCUCAAGCAAUUAUCAUUUGAUUUAGAUUGUAAUAUGUGAUAUCAAAAGGGGGAGGUUUUUAAUGCAGUUGCACAGUCUCUCAUGUGACCACUGUUGUCCCCCCAAAAAUGUGGGUGAUUGAGUUUAGUAUUACCAGUCGGUUCUCUUAGAAAUUCAUUUUUUUUUAUAACAAUCAUUUCAAGCCAUAAAACAGCAAUGAUCUGUGAAUAGUGUAUCACUGCCUUUGAUCUCUGUUGAAUAAGUAUACUUCAGAGAAAAGCGUUUUUGAUAUUUGUGUGAUCGUGUAACAGAAAAUCGCAAGUCAAUUAAACUGUCCCCCCUCA